UAGUUAACCACGAAAACCUACCCGCACUGACCCAGGAAAGCGUCUCUCGAGAUUUUGACUGGCAGCGGACCGAAUUAAAGCAAAACAAGAAGAGACAUUUUGGCCGAAUGAUUCAGUCCAUAUAUCUCCAAUAGAAGUGAUAAAAAACAUACCCUCCUAACCUAAAAAAAUCUAUAUAUAUAUUUUUACUAGUACAUUAUGUUUUUGCAUAAAAUUUGUUGGGCUGUAUAAUUCGUGAUAACAGUGCAAAAAACUUUUUGAGCUAGUAAAUAUUAAGAAUCCUUUAAAUUAUUCUUUUUAAUGGCGACUCUAACUUCAUGGAAGGAAGGUAAGCAUUUAAUAAUAUAUUUUAUUGAAAUUUUUGUUAAUUGUGUUAAAGGCACCACAAGCAAAAAUGAGUCGUCCAACGCCUUGCGCAUUAUGCAAAAAAUGGGUUACAUAUAUGGAUCUGGAUUGGGCAAAAACAAACAGGGAAUUACACAAGCUAUAGACCUGAUCCCUAAUUUGGGUAGACGUGGUUUUGGUCAUGUAAUAAACGACUUAGAUUUUUCGGAGGAGACUUGGGAUUUUAGCGAAGAUGAUGUAGAGGUUCAGGAAAACUUGCUUUGGCUUGAGUCUGAAAAUAAAAGUUUGCAUGAGAACACUUUGAACAGCUGGUUAAAAGAUGGUAAAAGCAACCACAGUAUUGAUAGUACCUUCUGUAAUGCACAAAUAUUGGCUGAUGUUUUUGAAGCUAAAACCAUAUUUGAUCAGUUAGAUUUACUAGAGCUCUCUAGAGCUAGGGCCAAGUCAAACCCUUUUGAAACUAUUAAAUCAGUGUUUUUUAUGAAUCGAGCAGCAUUAAAAAUGGCUAACAUUGAUGCUGCAACCAAUUUUAUGUUUACCCGCAUUGAGAAAAGUAUUGAUUUUCAGGAUGAAAAAGGACCAAUAUACUUUGCAGAUAUCUGUGCCGGACCAGGAGGUUUUACAGAAUAUGUACUAUGGAGAAAGAAUUGGCUUUAUAAAGGUUUUGGAUUGACAUUAAAAUGUGAUAAUGAUUUUAGAAUAAGAGAGUCAAAUUGCGCCAGUUCUGCCACGUUCCAAGCAUUGUAUGGAAAGAGUGGAGAUGGUGAUGUCUGCAAUCCAGAGAAUAUUACUGACUUUGCAGAAAGAGUUAGGGAAGAGAGUGGUGGAGGUGUACAUUUUAUCAUGGCAGAUGGGGGUUUUUCUGUUGAUGGAAAUGAAGCUAUGCAAGAAAUUUUAUCUAGGAAUAUUUACAUAUGCCAAUGUAUGGUGGCUCUAAAAGUUUUAAAGCCAAAUGGACAUUUUGUAACUAAACUUUUUGAUGUUUUCACCCUCUUUAGCGUCGGACUCUUGUACCUAAUCCAUUUAUGCUUUGAAAAAGUUACCAUUUUGAAACCAAAAUCUUCGAGACCCGCCAAUUCUGAAAGAUACCUUAUAUGCAAAAGAUUUAGAGAGAGUUCAUGCACAAGUUGUGUGCGGGAGUACCUAUGGAAAAUUGUAAAUCGGCUAUGGGAGAUGAGAGAUGAUAAAAAUUACAAUGUUUUGCAGCUAGUACCUCUUAAAGUGCUGCAAAGAGAUUCAAUUUUUUUUAAAUAUAUCAUGACUAGCAACAAUGAAAUUGCGUUGAAUCAAAUAAGAGCACUGAAAAAGUUAGCUUGCUUUUGCCGGAACCCAAGAUUAAUGGAUGAUAGGCAGUCAGAGCUGAGGAGCCAAUGCUUGGAGUACUGGAAAAUUCCAGAUAAUCCUAAAAAGCCUCAACCUAAGUUUACAAUCCGUAAAUUUUUCUCCAAGCAUGACAUUCCUUUCGGCUUUUUAAUGAAAACUCCAACGUGCACAUUUCAAGAGGAAUUAUUGGUAGCUGUUGUUCAAAAUGUGAACGAUUGGUACUAUUGCUUAACUGGAAGCCAGAACAGUACUACCUUUUUCCUAGGUGAUAAUCGUUCAAACGUCUACAAAUUUGUGGACCGUAAUUGGAAAUACAUUCCGAACAUUUUACUGACUCCGGGAACGUUGAUAUAUGGGGACCAAGUUACUGAGCAGGUGGAAAUGCAUGAUAAGCAAACGGAAAAGUUAAGUUUGCAUGUGAUUGACGCCCUGUUUUUGGGAAACGACAAAUUGCAAGAAUCCGGGUUUCAUGAAAGGCAUGAGCUGAUAGAUAUAUAUUGUAAAUCUGUCAACAAAGGGUCACAAGCUGGGAAGUCGGUGAAGAUUCUACACAAGGAAUUUCGAGAGUUGAAAUAUUUGCCAUCCGACAAUCGGCUCUCUGUGCUGGGUUACGGAAAUCUAUCAGAAGGAUACCACAUUAAAUCAAUCAUGUUAAUUAAUGCGAAACAAAAGUUUUCAUUGGAAUCUGUGUACCUGAUAGAAAUAUCAGACGAAGAUUCAACAUUCAAAUACUUAAGGGCAAAGAUGGCAAGAUAAUCUUUUGGUGCUAAUAAAUUUUUUAUGUUUAUUAAGUUUUCGUUCGUGUCCUAAUGGAGACAUCUGAAACAAACUCAAUAAAAAAUAAUUUGGAAAUUUCAGGAAAACAUUUUCAUUAAUUGGGUCAUCUAAAAGUUUAUUGACAACCACAAAAAAAUAUCAGUCUAUCAACUAAAAAAUGUCAGCUACAAGUUUGUUUGGGCUCGUAAGUAUGCAUGAAGUCUUAAAAACUGGAAGUGAUCCUAUGUAGGGUAACCGCAAACCUCUUUCCAAGCGUGUUUCAAUCAGGGUAGCAUUUAUUUAUCAUAUCUUAUGGACCAGAAUGCUCUCUAGCGAAAUCUUAGAGUAACAAUGCCAAUUAUUUUGAUAACUAUGAUUCAGAUCAAAACUACAGUCAUGUUUAACUAAUGCUGGAAUUAAAUCUGGACCCAUUGUGAAUUUAGGUUUAAUUACUCUAACCAGCUCAUAUUCGGAGAACAUCUUUGUGUUUAUAUUUUUAGAGUGGUGCAAGUUACUAAUGCCAUUAAAAUUGUUGAAAAAACUCAAGUUUGAAAAUGACUGUCGAAAACAUAGUUGUUUCCAAUAAACGCCAAAAACUUUUUUUAGGAUCUUUUUUACUGUCAUAUUUAAUAUGCAGUUGAAGGCUGAAUUGAAGCCCAAGUGGUAAAAUCGGGCCUAGCCGUCGACUAAUUUCGAUUUUACUGCGGCCAAAACUACUUUUCUUUGAUCUUCGUUAUUAUUAAAAUACAACGAACAAAAUCCAUCUAUAAACAAAAUAAAGCUCUCCAAAUGACCUCUAUUUCCGGAAAAUGUAGGUAAAAGUGAAGUACGGAAUCAAAGGUUUUCCAUUUCGUUUUUAUAACUAAUACAUUAUCUAACAAGUCUACUAUAUCCUCUGGAAUAGGCGUUGAUGAUUUAUUAAAAUCUUCGGAAAUACUAUCACUUUCCGAUUGGUGAAUACUUAACCUAGCCCUAUUGCAUUUCAAACCACGUUUGGAAGCGUCAGAUAUUAAAUAAUGGUCAUUUAGCAAUCACUUGCAGAACAAUCAAGACAAUGCGAUAAACCUUUGCUGCGGAGGCUCACAACCAAGUCCUAUGGCUGAAAGGCUUAACGUCGGGACGCUGAUCUGCUUCGGGAGUUCAGAAUUCGUUGAAAUUCCUGCAGUGAGCAGUCCGGUUGCGAGGGUGAAGUCAGUCGGUUUCAUUCUGUUUUGAGAAUCACUUCGCAACAACAAAGAACCGAUAAGGGGCGAAAUUGUUCAUCUGUUCUCAGCGGCAAUUAAAUAACACGAAAAGGUUUAUUUUCGAAAUAUUCAUCUAUAUACAGCGUGUUUUCUAAUUGAAUGUCAAUAAUUAUGGGGGCAAUUUUUGGGUUCAUAUUAAAAAGAAAACUUCAUAUGAACACAUUUCCUAAACUUUUCAGAUACAGGAUGGUAAAGUUUUCAAAAAUAAAAUAAUUUUUUUUAAUAUCUAUAAUACCAUUUUAGAUAUUUUAAUGAAAUUUGACACGCACGUAGAUCAGGACCCAUUAUUUAUCAAAAUAAAUAAGAACUAAAAGUUCAGAUUUUCACGAAAUUAUAUAUUUUUACAUGACAAUUGUUUCGACAACACCGUGUCUUUAUCAAAUGUAAUAUUUCCAAACUACCUGAGACUAUAUAUACCGAAAAAUGACUAUAAAACCUUAAUUAAAGUUGUGGGAAUUUAAGUUCAAUAAAACAGAGGUAUUUAAAUCUAAUUGAUCGUUAAGCAAUAUAUUUGAAUGUCUCAUUUUGUUAAUCUCCAUGGCUUCCAAUAAAUUUAAUUUUCUACUUUUUGUGGCUGUAUGUAAAAUAUCAAAAUUGUCGUCAAAAAUUUGUUUUUCUGUGUUUAAGUGUGUAGCAUAAUUAGAAUUUAGACUAUUGUUUUUAAACACUUUUUUAUGUUCGUUAAUGCGUUUCUUGAAGGAUCUACCUCUUUGUCCAAUAUAAAUUUUAGGACAAGAUCCGCAUUUCAACCUGUAGACACCUGAUUUUUGAGAUUUUGGACAUUUCUUUUUAUUGUUUUUUUUUUUUAAUUUUCCUAUUGUGUUGUUAGUUCUGAAAGCUAUUUUUAAACCACAUUUUGACAAAUGUUUUGAAACUUUUUCACUAGGUUUUCCUAUGUAUGUAAUUGUUUUAAAUUGUUCGUGUUCUGUAUUAGGUUUCGUAUAAAUAGAGUUUACUGUU